CUAUAGAGUUGGAACUCAAAAACCCUAGAAAUUGUAAAUCGUCGCCGUCGAGAGCAUCCAUGGGUCGUGUCAUCAGAGCUCAACGUAAGGGAGCGGGUUCCGUCUUCAAAUCCCACACCCACCACCGCAAAGGUCCGGCUAAGUUCCGCAGUCUCGAUUUCGGCGAGCGAAAUGGUUACCUCAAGGGCGUCGUGACGGAGAUCAUCCACGACCCUGGCCGUGGUGCGCCUCUUGCUCGCGUCACUUUCCGUCAUCCUUUCCGUUUCAAGAAGCAGAAGGAGCUCUUCGUCGCCGCCGAAGGUAUGUACACCGGUCAGUUCCUGUACUGCGGUAAGAAAGCUACUCUCGUCGUCGGAAAUGUUCUCCCUCUUAGAUCUAUUCCUGAAGGAGCUGUCGUCUGCAACGUUGAGCAUCACGUUGGUGAUCGUGGUGUCCUUGCUAGAGCCUCUGGUGAUUACGCCAUUGUUAUCGCUCACAACCCUGACAACGACACUACUAGGAUUAAGUUGCCGUCUGGUUCCAAGAAGAUUGUCCCAAGUGGAUGCAGGGCUAUGAUUGGUCAAGUUGCUGGAGGUGGAAGAACCGAGAAGCCAAUGCUCAAGGCAGGAAACGCUUACCACAAGUACCGCGUGAAGAGGAACUCAUGGCCUAAGGUUCGUGGUGUGGCUAUGAAUCCAGUUGAGCAUCCUCAUGGAGGAGGUAACCAUCAGCACAUUGGUCACGCCAGUACGGUUAGGCGUGAUGCACCUCCUGGACAGAAGGUUGGUCUUAUUGCUGCAAGGAGGACUGGUCGUCUCAGAGGUCAAGCUGCUGCUUCAGCUGCCAAGGCCGACUAGAGAGUUAAAACAUAAACUUCUGUUUCUCAGUUUUCUAUGUUUCAAGUUUUGUUGUCUGUGUUUCCGUUUGAACCAUGUUCUGAAAUCUUAAAAGAUUUUUAUGAUAACUUUAAUCUCCUCUCUCUAAA